AUGGCGCGGGAGCUGAGCCAGGAGGCUGUGCUGGACUUCCUCUGGGCGGCCGGGGGGCGAGCCCCCAACACGGCGCUGCUCCGCCACUUCCAGCGGUUCCUCCGCGACCCGGCGCUGACGGAGCAGCAGCGGCGGGAGCGCCGCGAGUACUUCAAGAGCCUCGUCAACUCCCUGGCCACCGUCCACCCCGCCGCCGCCCCCGGCGCCUCCAAGGACAUCGUCCUCCGCCGCAGGUACCGCGACCUCCUCGAUGAGGAGCUGCCGCCGCCGGAGGAACAGCGGGAGCAGGAGGAGGAAAAGAAGGAGCCGCAGCCGCCGCCCCGACGCGACCCCGACGGGCGGCGCGGCCCCCGCGGGGAGGCGGCGGAGCAGGGGCGGCCCGGCGGGGCGGGGGGCUGCUCUGCCCGGGGCCGCGGCGGGCCGUGCUGCGAGUGCCGCCGGGCGCGCCGCGCUGCCGCCGCCGCCCUCCCCGCGCCCGGUCCCGGGACCGCGGCCGCCCCCCGGCCGCCCCGCUGCCGCUUCCCGCCGCCUCCGCCGCAGCCGCCCCCGUACCGGACUCAGCCGCUGUCCGCGGGCCCCUGGGCUUUUCGCCCCGGCGGCACAGCGCUCCCCCGGCCCCCGGCGCUGCCGUCGGGUCCCGGGGCUCUGUCCCCCGCUGUGACGCCCCGGUCCCUGUCCCCGCCGCCGCCUGCCCCCGGGCUGUCCUCUGCCGCAGCGUCCCGCUCCCGGACGCCACCGCUGCCACCGGGCCCGGAGAUGCCGCCUCCCUACAGGUUGCCGCAGCCCGCGACCGGGAUGCCCUUGCUCAAGGCCCCACGGUCCUCAGCAAGCCCGGGGGGGCGACCCCCCGCCGGACCCAUCCAGUCCCCGCCGCUGCCAUCGGGCCCCAGGGUGUUGUCCCCCCGCCACCUGCCCCCAUCCCGAUCUUUGCCGUUGCUGUCCGUCCCGGAGGUGCUACCCUUGUCCCGGUCCCUGCAGGCACUCCCUGCCAGCCCCUCCUCAUCGCCACUGCUUUUAUCAGGCCCCGAGGUGCUCGCUUCCACCAGGCUGCUCCCGUCGCAGUCCAGGUCCUUUCAGCAGCUCCCCACCAGGCCAUCCCCAGACUUGCCGAGGGGAUCCAGGGGGCUGGUCCCCAAGGAGCCAACCCAGCCUCAAGUCCUGCGACUGUACCCAUCUCAAAGCCUGACACUGGCGGCAAGUCCUGGGAUCCUGCCCCAUACCAAGUCACCCCCACCCCAAUCCCUGCCACAGUCUGCCACUCUCCCAUGCCCAUCCCGCUCCCCGCGGCCGCACCUCGCCAGGUCACCCCCAUCCCAGUCCUUGCUGCCACCACAGGGCCCCGCAGCGCCCCAAGCCCCAGAGAGCCAGCCCCCAGCCCCGCUGCCUGUUUUUCGGAGCAUCAGGCGCCAGCUUGCUUUGUCGGAGGCGCAGGGCACCCCUCCCUCGCUGCACGAUGACUGCGGGUGGCAGCCCCGCUCCCUGCUCUCCAAGAGCUCCCCCAGGAACACCGCAAGCCGGGGGCCCCUGGUGCCGCUGGGGCAGCGGGAGCACGCCUGGCUGGUGGCAAUGUCAGCGGGCUGCUGGGCUCAGGUGCGAGGACUCUUUCUGGAAGAGCCUGAACUGGCCCUGCAGAGGGACUUCAUCUCAGGCUUCACGGUCCUUCACUGGCUGGCCAAGCACGGCGACGGGCCGGGCCUGCAGGAGCUGGCAGCGGCGGCGCGGCAGGCCGGGCUGGCCCUGGAUGUGGACGCCCGCUCGGGCUGCGGGUACACGCCGCUGCACCUGGCUGCCAUACACGGCCACCAGCUUGUCAUCAAGGUGCUGGUGCUGCAGCUGGGCUGCCAGGUGCAGGUGCGGGACGGCAGCGGGCGCCGGCCGUGGGAGUACCUAGGCAGCUCCACCUCGGGGGAGAUCUGGCAGCUCCUGGAGGCACCCCGUGGCACAAUCAUGUUCCCCACACAGCCCCUGGCCCGCAGCAUAUCCUCUGUCAGCAAGGGCUCGCCGUCCACCGGCAGGGCAGCUCUGCCUGCCUGCCUCAGGGUGCAGCUCGGCCGUGGGACAGUGUCCCACCAAUCUGGCAGUGACAGUGACUGA